AUGUAUCAAGAUGCACUCUUUGAAAUCUUUACUUUCGGAAUGCCAAACGCUGUCUUUCUAGUUUAUUCCCUCGUUUGCAAGGAAUGGAAUUUUCUCAUCAAGCACAAGAAAUUCCUCCAAAAUUAUCAUCAACAAGUAAGCAAGGGAAUUAAUGAAUUAUUGAAUCCGAAACAGAUUGAAGAUCGGAUGUUUUCGUGUUGGUUGGAAUUUAUUUCUCACUCUCAUCCUGCUGAAUAUGAGAUGGGAAUGUUAUUGAAGAGGAGUUUGAUAUAUGAAUUUAAUGAUGGGAAAGAUGAAGCCGAAGAGGAAGAGGAAGAGGAGGAAAUAAACAAACAGACAAACAGAUUGAAGGAAUUUAAAUUUCCAUCCUCUUUGAUGAGUGAUAUUAGAUUUUCAUUGAUUGAUUAUAAGGGAGAUCGAGUUUCAUUGUUUAUUAGUGAACUGCUGGAUGAUUAUUCUUCGUAUAUUAGAAUGAGAGUUUGUUUGAAUGAAGAAAAGAAUGAAAUUAUGGCAGAUCAUCUUGUUCAUGAUAUGUGUAGAGUUGAUGAGAAGUAUCUUGAUGGAAAAUUAAUGUUAAACGUACCUUGGUUUGGAAAAUCAUUGAGGAAUUAUGUGCAAGUGUUCUCUGAGAGGGUGAUGUUGAAUAUGUUUGAGGGAUUUACAAGAGCCAUUCUCAAUGUACCAUGUAAUAAGAGAGAUUUGAGAUUGAAAUCAAAGGCAUUUGCUUCGUUUUUUGGAACUGCAUUCUUUGAUCCAUUUAUUCAGAAAGUUGAUAGAGCCAUUCAAUCUGUUGCUGAAAGGAAUAUUCUCUUGGUGAAGGCAGUGAAAUCAAAUAAUAGUUCUCUAUCGUACAAGUUAUUGGAUAUGGGCUAUACAUUGAAGAGUAUUGAGGAAUUGGAAGAGUGCUGUAUUGUUGUGCCUACAUUUCUGAAGAAGGGUCAUUUGGAGUUUUUACUGGAAUAUUCUGAACGAUUUGGAUUGGAGUAUAAACCAUUAAUUGAAAGGAAUUUAAGGAAAUUAAUCAGAUCAGGAUGGGAAAUUCUAAUGUUUCUAAUUGAGAGAGGGCUCAUUUCCAACAAGUAUCUCUUUUUUGUUUUGAAUACAGAAACAGGAGAGCCUUAUUUUGAAAAAAUUGACGAGUUUAAGAUUUCAUUUCCAGAUAUUAUUUGUCCCUUUGACAUUAGAUGUAAAGAAAUGGAGAAUGAAUUUUAUGGUCGUAAAUUCCUCAUACUAUUCCACAAUUCAUAUUCAGAACUUUAUUCUAGAGAUUAUAUGAUAGAUUUUACUUCCAAAUAUCCAAGUAUUGAUAUAGAACUGAUGAAAAUACCAAGAAGGCUCAUUCGCUCAAAAGAUUCAAAGAGAAUUUUAUCAAAUCAACUCAAAUCCUAUGAUCAUGUAAUUUACUACUUUGAUGAAAUCGAAUUCAAAAACAGAGAUCAUUAUCUUGGACUAAUUUCAAAGAAUGCUCACUGGAUGCAAUCGGUAGGCAUCCCAUUCUCGUUUGCCCUUUCGUCCAACAAUUUGAUUUCUCUCCAAUUUGUAAUGCAAUUAACAUUCUCAUUUGACAAUUCGAAAAUUGCAAUCAUGACCGAUGAUUAUGAAGCUAGUUAUGCAAGAUUACAUAAUUUACUUCAAUGUUCACUAUCUGCCUAA